GGAUGCGGCUCCUCGCUAACAGUGGCCACCCCCACGAGAGUGAGCGAGACGGAGCUAACGAACGCAACACAUACCAGAUUUUUCCCAAUUUUCUGCUGGAAAAAAAUAAUAUCUAAAGGAAUUGAAAGCGAGCCCAGAAGGGAAAGGAUCGAAACGAUAUAGAUAACGGAGAGGACUCCGAAAGUGUGAUGCAUUAAUGCUAAAGUCGUUCAGUGGCGGCAUUGGCGUGGCAUCCACGGGAGGAGGCACUGGCAGUGGAGGUGUCGUCAGCGGUGGCGGUGGGGGUGGAGGAACUGGAGGCUCUGGUGGCAGUGGCGGCAGUGGAGGCAGUGGCGGCGGCGCGGGAUCAUCAAGGAGUGGGCGUGCCAGUUGUGGUCUGGGCUCCAGUUCCAUUUCGAGCGGAUUGAGUGCCGUAUGCGGUUUUGUGAGAGGCGAGGAUCGAGGCACCUCCAGUGGCGGCAGUACACCCGCAGGCGUUAUCUAUUGCCCCGCCUGUGUGGCAGCCUCCGGCAGUCAGGGCCAGAGCACGAGUCCCGGCCAGAAUCCGAGCCCCCACCACGAGUCCUUCUUCUCGCGCAGCUCCUCCAAGUCCAGUAAACGGCAAAAGGCUAGGAAGAGCGCCUCAACGGCUGGCUGUUUGGACGCCCAACAUAUUCGCGCCAAUCUGAGAAUGUCCACAUCGAGUUCCAUGCGGAGCACCAGUACCAGGGGCGGCGGAGGUGCCAGUACCAGUGCAGGGGCAGCCGGCAACUAUAGCCUGGCAUCCUACGAUGCCGCGAGUAACGCCAGCAGCGGCAGCGGCAGUGGCAGUGGCAGCACCAAUGCCGCCUCCCCCGGUAGCUACAGUUGCAACGCAUUAAAUGUCGAUUUCAGCUCCUAUACCGCCACCCAUCAGUGGACCCGGAUGCUGGAAUGUGCCGAGUUUGUGGGUGCCAAGCGGAGCAAGCACACCGUGGUGGCCUACAAGGAUGCCAUGUUUGUGUUCGGCGGCGAUAAUGGAAAGAACAUGCUGAACGAUCUGAUACGGUUCGGGGUGAAGGACAAGUCGUGGGGGAGAGCGUGCGCCACUGGUACACCACCGGCGCCACGAUACCAUCAUUCCGCUGUAGUGGCCGGCAGCUCAAUGUUCAUAUUUGGCGGCUAUACCGGCGACAUUCAUUCCAAUUCGAAUCUGACGAACAAGAAUGAUCUGUUUGAGUACAAGUUCCAGAGCGCCAUGUGGGUGGAGUGGAUGUUUUCGGGUCGUCAGCCAGUACCGAGAUCGGCCCACGGAGCAGCCGUUUAUGAUAACAAGAUGUGGAUCUAUGCCGGUUACGAUGGCAAUGCCAGGCUAAACGAUAUGUGGACACUCAACUUGACGGGCGAAAAUCAGUGGGAGGAGGUGGAACAGCUGGGGGACAGGCCACCGACAUGUUGCAACUUUCCGGUUGCGGUGGCCCGGGAUGCCAUGUACGUAUUUUCCGGCCAGAGCGGCCUGCAGAUCACCAACUCGCUGUUUGAGUUUCAUUUCAAGACGCGCACCUGGCGACGCAUCUCCAAUGAACCGGUAUUGAGGGGCGCCACAUCGGCGCCACCAUCCCGCCGUUACGGACACACAAUGGUCCAUCACGAUAGGUUCCUGUAUGUCUUUGGCGGUUCGGCGGACUCGACGCUACCCAACGAUCUGCACUGUUACGAUCUGGACUCGCAGGUGUGGUCGGUUAUCCAGCCGGAACAGAAUUCGGAUGUGCCGUCGGGUCGAGUGUUUCAUGCAUCGGCCGUGAUCGGGGAUGCGAUGUACAUAUUUGGGGGCACGGUGGACAAUAGUGUCCGACGGGGGGAUACCUAUCGGUUUCAGUUCUCCUCGUAUCCGAAGUGUACGCUGCGCGAUGAUUUUGGCAAGUUCUUUGUGGAGAAGCAGUUCUGCGACAUUCAGUUCAUAGUGGGUGCCGAGGAGGUGCGCAUCCUGGCGCACAUCGCCUUCGUGGCAGCUCGAUCCAAGUAUCUGCGGAACAAGAUACUGGCGGCGCGAGAGGCGCGUCAGCAGCAAAUGGAGAAGGUGUAUGGGGUGGGCCAGGUGGAUGCCAAGGCGUUGAAUACGGGUGCGGGCGGGGACCGUGCUCCCAUGCUGGAGGUUCGCCUGGCCCACGCCUCGCCGGAGGCCUUUGACAUUAUACUCAACUACAUAUAUACGGAUCGGAUCGAUUUGAAGGAUUCGUACAACAAGAACAUCAUCAUCCUGAUCACGGACAUCUAUCAAUUGGCGGGCUUGUUCACUAUGCCGCGGCUGGCCCACGGCUGUAUCCAGUAUUUGGAUUACAAGAUCAACAAGCUGAACGUCCUGGAGGCCCUCUACAAUGCCGACAAGAGCAACAUUAAAAUCAUCAAGGAUCAUUGCAUGCAGUUCAUCAUCAAGGACGAGAACUUCACCGAUGUGGUCAUGUCCAGUGAGUUUAGCGACUUGGACAAGCCACUCCUCGUGGAGAUCAUCCGGAAGCGAUUGCAUCCCAGCAAACUGGUGAUGGAGACCAGUUUCGAGUCGAACACAGGCACUACCCUGGAGAUCGAUCUGUGCGCCUUCCUCGAGUCAACGGGCAAUGAUUUCUGCGACAUAAGUCUCAUACUGGAGGACCAUGUUAUACCGGCCCACAAAUCUGUGUUAUCAUCACGUUGUACCUACUUCCAGGGCAUGUUCCGUUCGUUCAUGCCCCCGGAUAACACCGUCAAUAUACAAAUUGGCGAAAUAUCACCAUCAUUGGAGGCAUUCCAUUCCCUACUACGGUAUAUCUACUAUGGUGAGACAAAGAUGCCGCCCCAGGAUGCACUGUACCUGUUCCAGGCGCCAUGCUUUUACGGUCUGGCCAAUAAUCGGCUUCAUGCCUUCUGCAAAUAUUCGCUGGAACACAAUAUCAACGAUGAGAAUGUAUUGCAAACGCUUGAGGCGUCUGACAUCACCAAAAUCUAUGACAUCAAGGAGUAUGCACUCAAGUUGAUUGUCAAAGAUUUUGCAAAGGUGGCCAGGCUGCCGAAGAUAGCGGGUUUGUCGCGCGAACUGUUGCUGGAGAUCAUAUGCGCUGUGGCCGAUUCGCACGGCGAGUUUAUGACACGGAUCAAUAUCAAUACCGAUAUUUGAAAGCUGGUGCUGCUCCAGCCGGCAUUGCAGUUGUUGCUCGCCUGGUUGCAAAUCGGGCGUAGCACGUAGUGCGGCAGUAGCGGUUGGCAGCGCCGAACAUAAACCCAAAACCCAAACAUUCUUUUCCCCUUGAUCUAUAUACCCCCUGGAACCUAUCUCCCCAUCCAGUAUAAAUAUUUAAUCUAAUAUAUACUAUUAUAUAUAUAUGCUUCCCUAUGUGUAACACAAGUAUUAUCCCAAAAUCCCCUAAUAAGGCACUUCUUGAAAUCCCCCCAAAAAAUAGAUUGAAAAUAUCCUGGCAGAGGACUAUGCUUGUGCACUAUUUAUAGAAACUAUCCCUCAUCAAAUGGUUCAAUAUCCUUGCCAGGAUGCCAGGUCAAGACCUUUUUUUCUUGUUAAACGUACUCUCUCUUAUCCAUGUAUAACUAACUCGUUGUUAAGUAACUAAAUCUUAAUAUAUAUAUAUCUAUAUAUGUAUGUAUGUUCUAUGCUAAGGAAUGUCCUUCAUCCCAUGAAACUUCAUCCAGGACGAAAAAUAAGAGAAGAAACAGAGUUAACGUUUUUGCCAAAACAAACAAACAAACAAAAAAGCAAACAAUUCUAAACAAUACAAAUAUUUACACACAAUUUCUUAUUCUAUUUAUUUAAUUUGAUUUCAUUUUUCAUUAUUAUACAAUUAUUAAUUAAUUAUUAUUCUUAUUUCGAUUUAAUAUAUUCAACUAUUGAAACUUGCCUCCAAUAUACAGCGACCAAAAUUGUGAUAAUUACCCCGAAAUUCGAUUUAAAUUUUGGAUUAUUAAUUAUAAAGUAUGUUAAUGUUGUACUUUUAAGCAAUAUUUGUAGAAUUAUUAUUACUUGGUUAUUCAUUUGAAUUGCGUUUCAGUUCAGUUGAAUGUGUAUGUGUAUGUACGUUGAUGAAAGUCAAGAAUAAAUAAUAUUAUUAUUGAUGUAAUCUAAAUGGAAAAGCUUUUCUGGCCUCUGCAAUAAAUAGAGCUCCAAAUGGCUGCCACAGAUAAACUCAUUUCAAUGGAAUUAAAACAAAACAAAAAGUCUCAAGUGCCUCGAGGCACGGGGCAAGGACAAUGACAAUGACAAGAACGAAGGACGAAGGAGAGCACCCAAGUUGCUUAUCAAAUGCAAAUUACACCAAAUCGGCACCCUAGCAUCGGAUGACAAUUUUUGACUUUUUCUAAAUCUGUCCAUAGAGACAUGAGUGUUGGUUCUGAUAAGAGACUCCCAAGAAAGCUCGGAAGUGCUAUAAGAGCCAGAGCCAGGGCUUUGGCUCCAUCAGUUUGAAUUCUUCCAGUGGUUUGGAGGCAAAGGUGUAUUUUUUAAUCGAAAAAUAAGCAAAAAUGAUUCUAAAAGCAGUGGUUUUGUUUCUGAUUCCGGUUUCCCUGGCAGUCGAACAGGAACCCAGCUAUCCCCUAGUUGGAUUAUUAGAGAAAUGCCAAUCGAAGAACUACGAGCUGCAGGAGAAACUCUCGGAGGUCCAGAGUCAACUAUACGAAGUUAAUCUCAA